CACUUCCUACUUGACUACCAACGAUACCGUCGAGAAAGACACAAGUUGACAGAAGCACUAGGACAUAAAGCCUCAUCCCCACCUUACCUCUUAUCGAACCCACACGCAACCCCCCACCUCACCCGCUUCAUUAAUGCAACAGGACGACUAUGCCAGACA